GUAAAAAGCAGCCUCAGUCCGAAGAAGUGAGAAAGAGAAGGCGGGAUUUAAAAAGUCAAAUACAAAACGAAUUGUUUUGUUAAGUAUUGCAAUUAAGCAAAAGUCACUGAGAAAUGAUUUAUAGAAAAACAUUCAAUUCAUGUUAGACAUUUCGUCACUGUUUGUCUCUUGAAUAUAUCUUUUUUUUUUCUGAUAAGUUUAGCGAACAGAAAAAAACUCCCCUUUUUUACUGUGCAUCUUUCGGUCCAGUAUUUUGAUUGCUUUCGCCAACAUAUAAUUACUUACAAAAAAUGAUUUAUAUGUGUUGACAACUUAUCAAAUCGGUUGGUUGACUGACGAAUUUUUUUUUAAAGAGAGAGUUCUAAAUUUGAUUGAUCGAUCGGAGGCGAUUUUAAUGCGCUAACGCGCUUGUAUAAAUUACUAUGGUGCCGAUAAGAGAUUGUAUCGAUCAAGAAUGUUAUUUGGUGACCAAACACUCGUGGAAAGGAAAGUACAAACGAAUCCUGGCGAUCGGUAAAACGGGCAUAGCAACAUACAAUCCAGAUAAAUUCGAGGUCACUAAUCGAUGGCCAUACUCGGAUGUGGCUGCAAUCGCACCCAAUAAAUCAAUACAAAAUUCAAAUCAUGAAUUUACAUUGACAUUACGGAAAGACAGGAAAUGUGACACCAUCAAAUUAUCAUCGGAAUAUCGAAAUGAUAUACUUACAUCGUUAUUCAAGUAUCACAGGGAAUUCGCGGAAAAGAUAAAAACUGAAAAAUAUUCCGCAUAUAAAUAUCAUUGGUCUGGUAUUGGUUUGCCAACGCAAUUGGAAGUGACACCGUGCUCGCUGGAUCAACUGGAUCCCACCUCAAAUAAAGUGAUUGCUAGCUAUGACUACAAAGACAUUGUUGCCACAAUUGGUAUUCAGGAUUAUGAACAGGGUAUUGUAAUUGCGUAUGGGAAAUUUACACGUUUGCAUUUAUUUCGAGCGGCAAAUCAUCAUGAAAUCGUACAAAAUAUUGUGAACGCUUCGAAUCUAUAUAUGAAUAUUGCAUUAAAAGUGGUGCCCAGUCAAAUUACACUCGCUCGAUUUGAACAAGAAAAAUUUGGCGCAUAUUCAAAAGACAAUUUUUUAACAUCGAUGUCAGAAUUUAUUGUGCAGAAAAUAACCGAUCGCCAUCCAGAGCCAACAAAACGAAUUCUCUGUUUAACAGAAGCAACAAUUUUGGAACGUGAUCCACAAACUUACAGUAUUUGUACGUUGAGACCAUUGGAAGAUAUAUUUGCCUUAGUACGAGAUUCCGAAAAUAUUCAAUUGUUUCACAUCGAAUAUAAGAAUGGAAUAACGCGUUCUUAUUCGACAAAUGAUCGGGAUUCUUUGUUGGCAACCCUAUUGGAUGCUGUACGAUCAUGUAAUAAUCCCAAUGUACACGUUCGCAUGACACGUACACCUCGUGGCAAACGUUUUGUUCCAUUGUACGCAAAUGUGGAUGAAGAGACCGAAGCAAGCCUACUGCGGAUGGUCAUACACAAUUUUCAAUAUCCGGGAAAGAGAUUUGAAAUUCUUGAGCGAUUCAAUGCAAACAUUCCCCACAGCGGACUCAAUUACAGUGUCACACAAGAUAGUCUGUUUGCUGAAAAUAAAGAGAAACUCAUAUUGGGCGCAUUACAAGCGGUGACGCAAAAAGAAACCGAAAAAAUUGUUGAUAUAUCAAAUUUUGAGCUCGAAGCCUGUUUUCAUACGCUUAGACGAUUGUUGGCCAGUAAAGUUGGAUUUGCCGCUUUUACAAAUUUGCCCGGUUUUCGAGAAUCGAUUGGAAAGAAAGUGGUGGCAUCGUUGCAUCGAAAAGAUUUAGCUGUUACGUAUGCUGCAAUUGAUAUGUUGAAUUCAUUGAUGCAUUCAAUGAGCGGCGAUUAUAAUUUGAAGCAAGAACAAUUGAAUAAAUCAUCAUUAUUGUCAUCGAAACAAUUCUUAGAGAAUCUGUUGAACACAUGGACUGAACAUGUAAAUUUUGGAAGCGGUGCGCUCAUUUUGUCAGCAAUGUUAGAUUUUCUAACAUUUGCAUUGUGUGUGCCGUACAGUGAAACGACGGACAGUAAACAAUUCGAUAGCCUUUUGGAAAUGGUUGCAAGUCGUGGCAGAGCGAUGUUCAAAUUAUUUCAGCAUCCAUCGCUUGCGAUUGUCAAAGGUGCUGGUCUAGUAAUGCGAGCAAUAAUUGAAGAGGGCGAAGCCAGUAUUGCAAAUCAAAUGCAAACAUUGGCAUUGGAUGAAGCGGCCCUUUGCAGACAUCUAUUGGUUGCAUUGUAUACACCGGCUAACGAUUCGACAAUGGCAACACAUCGACAAUUGUCUCGACAUUUGGUUGGUCUAUGGAUUACAGAUAACGAAGAUGCAAUGCAUCUAUUUCAACGUGUAUUUCCGGCCGGUUUGCUAAUGUUUCUUGAAUCGACUGAUGAAGUGCCAAGCUCUGAUAUCGAAGAUGACAAACUGAAUUUUCGUGAUAAUUUAAAUUUAGCAAUUCAACAUUCCAAUAAGAGCAAACGCAGCGUGAUCGAAAAACAUUUGGAAGGUAUCAAACAUUGGGGAUUAAAUUUAAUUGAUCGACAAGAGAAAAUUAAUCAAGCGCUUCAAAAUCGCCCGAUUGUCCUGCGAAAUCGACGUCAACGGAAAAAACAAAACGAUAAAAUCGUUAAUCUUCCGUAUUUCUUUUAUCAGUUUACCAGAGAUCACAGUAUUCCCAAUUUAAUUUGGAAUCACAAAACAAGAGAAGAACUGCGAGUUUGCCUCGAAAAUGAGCUGAGACAAUUUUCAAGUGAUAAAGAACUAUCGGGGAACAUUGUAUUGGCAUGGAAUUAUGAAGAAUUUGAAGUAAACUAUCAGUGUUUGGCCGAUGAAAUUAAAAUUGGUGAUUAUUAUAUUCGAUUGAUUCUUGAAAAAGACGAUUGGCCACAACAUUUAGUGAAAAAUCCAAUCGAACUUUUCAAUGCACUCUACCGUCGGGUUUUGUGCCGUCAACGUGUCAAUGAUGAUCAACUAACUGUAACAUCGUUGCAAGCACUGGCCAAAGUGUACAAACGAUAUCACGCAGAGAUUGGUCAAUUCAGUGACAUGAGUUAUAUUCUUCAAUUAUUGGAUCGCUGUUUGUCGCCAUCAUUGCGUGAUGCAUUGAUUGGACUAAUCAAGUGUCUUGUUUACAACAAAUCCAAUUGUCGUCCAUUGGUUGAACAUGUUAAUUGUUUAGUUGAUUUGAUAACAUUGGCACAUUUGCAUCAGGGCCGUGCAUUGCCCAAUACGAAAACGAAUGUGCUUGAGGCUGGGCCAAAUCAACGAUUUCAAGAAGAAAAAGACUGGUAUUAUAACAUUGAAAAGGAAAAUGAAAAAGCCGAACGCUGUGGACCAGUCACAUUUUCUGAGUUGAAAGAGCUGUGGAAUCAAAAGAUAAUCUCACCGCGAACAAGAUGCUGGGCAAUUGGUAUGGAUGGUUGGCGAGCAUUGCAACAAUUGCCACAAUUAAAAUGGUGUUUAAUGGCAAAGGGAACGCCAUUGUACGACGAAACCGAAUUGGCUGCGCAUAUUUUAGACAUUUUGAUAAAAUGUACAAGUUUCUUUCCGAGUCGAGCACGUGAUGGCAAAGCGGUUUUAAUUCCAGGACCAAAAUUAUCGCGAAAACUUUCGGAAUUCGUAUGCUUGCCACAUAUUGUUCAAGUUUGUUUAACACAUGAUCCAGGUCUAUUGGAACGGGUUGCAACGCUUUUGUGUCAAAUUAUGCAAGAUAAUCCGGAAAUGCCAAAAGUUCACUUGACCGGUGUAUUUUAUUUUAUGCUCAUGUACACGGGCAGUAAUAUUUUACCGAUUGCACGUUUUCUUAAAAUGACACACAUGAAACAAGCAUUUCGUAAUGAAGAAUCGGCUCAACAAUCCGAAAUUAUGCAUCGAAGUAUAUUAGGUCAAUUGCUACCCGAGGCGAUGGUAUGCUUUUUGGAAAAUCACAGCGCUGAAAAGUUUGCCGAAACAUUUUUGGGCGAAUUUGAUACGCCCGAAGUGAUUUGGAAUUCGGAAAUGAGACGUUUACUCAUCGAAAAAAUAUCGGCGCAUUUAACUGAUUUUACACCGAAAUUACGUGGCCAUACAAUGGCACGAUAUCCAUAUUUGGCCAUACCGGUUAUCAGUUAUCCACAACUUGAAAAUGAACUAUUUUGUCACAUAUUUUAUUUACGUCAUUUAUGUGAUACGAAAAAAUUCCCCAAUUGGCCAAUAUCCGAUCCAGUUGCACUAUUAAAACAUACAUUGGAAGCAUGGCGCAAAGAAGUUGAGAAAAAACCAUCACAGAUGACCGUACAACAAGCGUACGAAAAUCUUGGCAUCGACUUAGCAAAACAUCCACGACCUGAUGAAACGCUCGUUCGUAAAAGCUAUUACCGUUUGGCUCAAUUGUAUCAUCCCGAUAAGAAUGCAAAUGGACGUGAAAUGUUUGAAUGUGUUAAUGCUGCCUAUGAAUUUUUGUGUUCAAGAUCGGUUCUUGGUACCAACGGUCCAAAUCCCAGCAAUAUUGUGCUCAUUCUUCAAACACAAAGCAUCUUAUUCGAUCGAUAUGCGGAUGAAUUGAGACCAUAUAAAUAUGCUGGAUACCCUCAAUUGAUCAAAACAAUUCGAAUGGAAACGAAAGACGAACAGCUAUUCUCAAAAGAGGUUCCAUUGCUAACGGCAGCAUCAGAGCUUUGCUAUCACACCGUAUACUGUUCGGUGCUGAAUGCCGAAGAACUUAGACGCGAGAAUGGAAUCGAGGCGCUGUUGGAAGCAUACACUCGAUGUGUUUCUAUAAUGGGCAUUGAUUCAAAACCAACCGAAGUGCAUUAUCAAAUUAUUUCGAAUAUAACGAAAUGCUUUGAAGUGGCAUGUAAUUUCGAAAAUUGCAAAACCAAAAUCAUUGAAUUGCCACAGCUUAUCACGGACGUUUGUCGAGUUGUUUAUUUCAAACAUACGUUGUCAGUUGGUUUGGUAACAAGUUUGGCUGCCAAUAAUUCGGAGUUACAAUCGAAUCUAGUGAAAAACGGAGUAUUAUGGUCAUUAUUGAUGUUCCUUUUUGGCUAUGACUAUACAUUAGAUGAAAGUGGUGUCGUUACUGAAGAAAAUACAAAUCAACAAAAAUCAUCAAAUAAUUUGGCUCGAAUGUCGAUCCUAUCAAUUGUAGCGUUAUGUGGCUAUGAAUUGAAAUUGAUUCUCAACGAAAAUGAUCCAUUGAAUGUGGCAAUUCGUUAUAAUACAGCUGUAACACCAACGGGUACAGCGUCUGGUGGUAGUUCGGUAAAAGAAUCGGCACAAUCAUCACCAUCAACAACCUCACCAUAUACCUCAAAUGCAACCAAUUUGAUACAAAACAAUGCCAUUCAUGCACUGCAAAUGAACAAUAAUAAAGCACCGGGCGAAAAAAUCAGCGACGGCGAAGAAGUAUUCGAAUCAGAACAAAACAAUGUGGAAAAAGAGAAUUUCGCUAAUAAUCGAAAGUACACCAUAAACGGCAGUCCAACCAAUAUUUUUGUUAAAAAAAUCGUCGAUCAACUUCUCACCAAAUAUAUAACCGAUAAAUUUGCAACACAUAGCGAUUCAGAGGUAUUAAAAGUACUCACAUCGAAUACUCGUAAUCCGUAUAUCAUUUGGGAUAAUGCAACCAGAGCCCAAUUGAUAGACUUUCUUGAGCUUCAACGAACAAAUAGUGCAAAAGAACAAUAUGAAGAUAUUACCGAUAUUGUUAACAUUGUGUCAGAGUUUUCAUUUGAUGCACACAGAGAUGAAUUACAAAUCGGCGGAGUAUAUAUUCGCAUUUACAAUGAAAUGCCAACGUUUCCAAUAAACAAUCCGGCAUCGUUUGUUAUCGAUUUGUUGGCAUUUUUAAAACAGGGCUAUUCAUAUUUAACAUCAUCAAAUAAAUCGGCUGGCAGCCGAACGGGCAGUGUUGAUGGAAUUUUAAUGCCAACUCUAGCAUCAAAUCAUCCGCAACGGCAAAAACAAAGCGGAAGUCAAGACAAUGUAAACAAUGUGUUAACAGAAUAUAAUCGAUCAAAGGCUCGUAAUCAACUGGUAAAAUCAGCAUCAGAUGCUACAUCAACAAAGUGUGAUUUUAAUUCGGUAAAUGGUGAUCCAAUGUACAAUAUUAUAUCCGUAUUGAAGGCAUUAGUUUCUGUGAUAAAAUCAAAUCCAAAUGUUGAACUACAAUGCAUUGGACACUUUGAUAUAUUGUUCGGUUUGGUAUCAACCAAUUUUGGUACGCGUGCAAAAGAGAUCAAAACGCUGGGCUUGGAAAUUGUAUCGCUUGUUUCACGAAACAAAGAAUGUGUUAAUGACAUAUCGGCCUGUGAAAUUCUUGGUAAAUUCUUAAUUGUGCUCAAAGAUGACGAAUUAAGGGCCAUGCAAAUGAAAGUAUUAGAAACCCUAUCUGGCCUAUUAAAUGUUCAACGAAUGGUCAAAGAGGCUCAAGCUAAAGGCGCUGUCAUUUAUCUAUUGGAUUUAUUCUGUAGUUCACGUAAUCCACAAAUUCGGGAAUUUUGCUCCGAAUUGCUCGGUAAAAUGACCAGUGACAAACUGAGUGGACCAAAGAUUCGUAUAACUGUAUGCAAAUUCUUGCCGGGCGUAUUUUUGGAUGCAAUGAUUGAAAAUCCACAAAUUGCUGUUCAAAUGUUUGAAUCAAUUCACGAACAUCCAGAAUUGAUAUGGAAUGAUAAAACACGAGACAGUGUCAUUGAAUCAGUAUUAAAUUACAGCAAUAACUUUUGCAAACAACAAAUCGCCAAUCCAAAACAUCUAUGGAAAGAUCCAGACAUACUCAAGGAUAUAAUAACCGAUGAACUUGUGGUCUCUGGUGUUUAUUUGAAACUUUUUAUUAGCAAUCCAUGUUGGACACUACGUAAACCGAAACAGUUUUUGUCCGAUUUAUUGGAUUUUGUUAGUUUAAAUAUCAAUCGAACGGCAACACCGAAAGAAAAGGAUGCACUUGAAGUAUCAACGAAUGCCUUAGUUGCUCUGCUUCAUGCUCAACCAAAUUUAGCUGAUGCCGUACCAGUGCUUGGUCACAUACCCAAGUUCUUUACACAGUUAUCGAUUCAACCGAAAUGCGCCUUAAAAGUUCUUCAUCAAUUGUCGCUGUCUGAGGUAUGUGUACAAGCCAUAUCGCAGACUGAGUGCAUUAGUUCGCUUAAAAAGUGCAUGGAAAACAACAAGGAAUUGCAAGCCACCACAUGCGAAACGCUUAGUCGUUUAUUCAAAUGCCAACACGACUCACUUAUUCGACAAUCUUUAGAUUGUAAUUUAAUUCCGUAUUUACUGAAAAUCCUUGACAGUAGACUAGAGUUUACAGAUAGCCCGUCAAUGGUUAAAGCCCAAAUUGUAUCGGCAUUAAAAGCAAUGACACACAAUUUAAGCUAUGGUGAUAAAGUAUCUCAGCUGCUCAACUCAAAUCACAUUUGGGCCGAAUUUCGCGAUCAAAAGCAUGAUUUAUUUAUUACAGAUACAAAUGUUCGCGGAUAUUUGACAGGUGUUGCACCGACUGCGGGCUAUUUGACGCAAGGCCCAAGCAAAAAUGUUGAAGUUUUGACCUCACCACCCCCAAUUGAUCGUGAUGAUCCAUUAGCCCGAACCAAUGAUGAUGCAUAGAUAUAAGGAAAUUGUAACAAAAUCUUUUAAAGAGUUCAUUUUAUCGAUCUAUUUAACAAUGUUGAAAGACAAAAAAUGUCAAAGAUCGAGAAUAUAUUAAUGUAAUAAACAAUUGAAAAAUA